ACACACAUUCUUCCUUAUGUUUUAUGAUAAUAUGAUCUCCUUCCUUCUUCAUCUUCACUUUCUUUAAAUGGAGCCAACCCUACCCCUAUGAAUAUAUAUUUCAAUCCAAAUUUUCUCUAAACCAAAAACCAAAAACGCUUCAACCAAAUCUCCUUGCUAUGAUCAUCAUCACUUUCAUGUUCUGGUCGUCAUGGUGGGCACUGAACGGCGUCGUUUCGGACCCGCAGACCAAUCUUUUAAGAAAAGAUUGCACUCCAGCUGGCAUACUAGUGCUGCCCAACUUCUCCAUCUUCAGUGACAACGUUAACGAAACGUUUGGAGAGAUCAGAGAGCAGAUUAUGAGCAUAAACAAGCACUUUGCGACGGCGCAGCAAGGUAAUGGAGGAAACCCUGUUUUCAGUCUUUUUCAGUGCAGAAACUACCUCUCCGUUCAUGACUGUGUUGGCUGCUUCGACGCCGCCGCCAAACAAGUCCGCAAUUGCCCUGCUGCUUCGCCCGGCGGCCUUGUCGUCUACGACGGCUGCUUCCUCGGGUACGAGACCACCGGUGCUUUCCUUGAACAAACAACGGAGGAUUUCAAUGCCGUAUCGUGUAGUAGCCAGACUAUGACAGGAUCCACUUCGUUUACCUCACUUGCGCAGCAAAUGCUAAAGAGUCUCCAAACAACAGCACCCAAGAACCAAGGGUUCUUUGCAGCCACAAGGAUAGAAUUGCCUGAUAAUAGUACAACUAUUUAUGCCUUUGUUCAAUGUACUGAAACUAUCACUCAGACUGGAUGCGUCAAUUGCUUGAACACUGGCUAUAACAAUAUGCCGACUUGUCUUCCCAAUUCGGAGGGUAGGGCUUAUGCUUACGGGUGCUUUAUGAGAUACUCCACUACUUCCUUCUUUCCAGAUAAUUACCAGACAAUUCAUAUUACUUCCGAGGGCAAACAAGGUUCAAAUAAGAAGGGGACCAUUAUAGGUGUAGUUGUUGGAGUUGUAGCUUUUGUUUUGAUCCUCCUUACACUAUUAGCUUGGAUUAAACGACCGAAAAGGCCUGAAAGAUCAGUUCCUAGAGGCGACAUAUCCGGAGUAAGUAAGUUGAAAGGCCCAAUUAAUUUUAGCUAUAGAGAGUUGAAGUUUGCAACUAAAAGUUUCAGUGCAGAAAAUAAAGUUGGAGAAGGAGGAUUUGGUGCUGUAUAUAAGGGUACCCUGAAGAAUGGGAAAGCAGUUGCUGUAAAGAAGUUAACCUUACACCAGUCUAAGAAGGUGGAAGAAGAAUUUGAAAGUGAAGUGAAACUUAUAAGUAAUGUCCAUCAUCGGAAUCUUAUUCGGCUUCUUGGAUGUUGCAGUAAAAGAAACGAGAGAAUUCUUAUUUAUGAAUAUAUGAAAAACACCAGUCUAGACAAAUUCUUAUUUGGUAAAAACAGAGGUUCUCUUAAUUGGAAGCAACGGUAUGAUAUAAUUUUAGGAACAACAAGGGGUAUAACUUAUCUACAUGAAGAAUUUCAUGUUCGUAUCAUACAUAGAGAUAUAAAGGCUAACAACAUUCUCUUAGAUAAUGAUCUCCAACCAAGAAUUGCUGAUUUUGGCUUAGCAAAGCUUUCACCUGAAGAAAAAUCUCAUCUUAGUACAAAAUUUGCUGGAACAUUAGGAUACACUGCAUCAGAAUAUGCAAUUCAUGGUCAAUUAUUAGAAAAAGCUGACAUUUAUAGCUUUGGCAUUGUACUCCUAGAAAUUAUCAGCGGUGAACAAGGCAAUGAAUUGAAUAUUCAUGAUGAUGUUGAAGGCGAAUUUCUGCUUAAGAAAGCUUGGAAGCUAUAUGAGAGAGGCUUACACAUGGAGUUGGUGGACAAUACCAUGGAUCCAAAUGAUUAUAAUGUAGAAGAAGUGAAGAAAAUUAUAGAGAUUGGUCUACUUUGCACUCAAGCAUCUGCUGAAUUAAGGCCAUCAAUAUCUGAAGUAAUUGUUUUGCUCCAAGGCAAUGGCUUAUUAGAGAAUAUGAGACCCACCAUGCCUAUCUUGAUUGAAACUUAAAACUAGGGGUCCCUGUAUGACAUCUAUACCUUUAGUGCGUCCUUUUACAUCGAUCACCAUGGCCUUUACUUUCUUACUAUAAGCAAACUUAUGUAUUCUCCGAGAACAUGUGGUUAUGGGUGACUCAUAAUUUUGAGCCAAACAGGUAGAGAAUAAGGUAAAAGACUUCAGCUUGUGCUUGGAACAGAAA